CCGGAAGUGGUUAGCAAUCUACCUAGCUAGCCGUGUGGUUUAUGUUGUGAUACAAGACGGACUCAAAAAAGCAAAAUGUCACGACCAACGCUUACUUUGACAGUGGCAUACGGUUCAGCGAAGCACAGUAUCACAUUAACAAACCAAGAUGAUGGAAAGGGACCUACUGUUAAAGACCUAUCAGAUGCUCUUUGUCAAGUCACUGGUGUCCCUCCCACCUCACAGAAACUCAUUUUUAAAGGGAAAUCACUGAAGGACAUGGAGGAGAGUCUCUCCAGCUAUGGAAUAAAAGAAGGUGGCAAACUCAUGAUGAUUGGAAAGCGGAACAGUCCUGAAGAAGAAGCUGAACUGAGGAAGUUGAAAGAAAUUGAAAAAUCAGUGGAGCAGAUGGCUAAAAAGCUGGAGAAGGUAGACGGGGAGUUAACUGGACUGAAGAAUGGCUUCCUGGCCAAAGACCUCCAGGCAGAGGCGCUGAGUAAACUAGACCACAGAGUGAAAAUAGCAGCUGAGCAGUUCAUGAAGAUCCUGGAGCAGAUAGAUGCCAUGAGUGUGCCAGAGAAUUUUAAUGACUGCAGAAUGAAGAAAAAGGGACUUGUAAAGACAGUGCAGGAUUUUCUUGCCCAGUGUGACAGAAUCGAGGCAUGUAUAUCAGACCAUCUAUCAAGGAUCCAAUCGAAAAACCUGGCUCUGGCGGAGUAGUCAAGUCUCCAAUAAUGUGUGCUAUAUGUUGCUCUGUGAGCAAUGGUGAGGUGUACAGUAAGCUUUAACUGUGAAGCAGAUCCAGGUUUAUUUAUUGUUGAUGUGUAGGAGACAGCCUUCAUAACAAAGAAUUAUGUGAAAAGAAAGAUGCUGAAUGCCUUGCGGACAGAUUCCCAGGGAAGUGCUGUUUGAGACUGAUAAUCGGAGCGUUUUGGAACAGAUCAGAGAUGCAGUGCAACUAUGUGACAUCAGGUAUUAUAAAAUAUGAAGUAACAUUUUUCUUUGUGUGCACCAACUUUAGUGAUUACCAUGAGGCCAAAAUUAUGUGGAUGCCCUAGCAUUAUUCUGUAAUUGCUGAAGUACCAAAAUUACAAGCAGUUAUUUGUUAUAACAGCAAACAUUUAAGCUGAGGUGCUUAACUCCCAUUCUAAGAACUAAAUGAUGCUAAAUAAUAUUUGUUGUACUUUUUAACUGUAAAGGUGUUGGAUGUGAGGUGGGGGUCAAGGGGACCCUCUCCUAAACACUUGCACAUGACCUCAGAGGGAACGGAAGGAUGGGAAGGGGAAUUUGGAAAAAAGAAUCCAACCAUGCUCACCUGCAUUUGCAGUGUUUAUUUGUUGUGGGGAAACUGCAUCUGUUCCACAGAUGGACCAUUAAAAACAAACAAAAAAACAAGAUACUGCACUCCAGGCAUUCUGACUGUUAAUGUACUUGCUUUAAACCUUGAACAGCAGUUGUCUCAAUUUUCAACAUAAUUAUUAACAUACUGUCACUGGAGGAUUCCACUAGGGCAGGGGUGCCCAACUCCGGUCCUCAAGGGCCACAAUCCUGCAGGUUUUUGAUGUGUCCCUGCUCCAAAACCACCAGACUCAAAUUGAUAAGUCAUUGUGCAAAACAUAAUAGGCUGUUGGAUCUAUUUCAUUUGAGUCAGGUGUGUUGAAGCAGGGAACAUUGGAAAAUCUGCAGGACCGACCUUGGGCACCCCUGCACUAGGGGGAACACUAGUGAAGUCUGACUUUAGAGAACUUCAGGUUCAGGAUGUAAAAGACAAAGAAAGAAACAAGAAAGGUGGUCAGUAAAAGGUAGUGAUGUGCACCACUCAUUUUCUUUCCCAUCCGAUACCAAGUAAAGUACAAGCCAGUAUCGGCAUUAAAGGACUCCCAAGAGUGACGUGUCUCACCCUUGCAGCACCUGUCCCACUAAUUUCCUCCUCUUCCUCAUCAUAAUUUAAUUAUAUACUUUUAUGGUUGAUGUUUAAGAUUUGUGGUGUUGCUACAAUACCUGUUUGUCUUCCUACACACAUCAUACAUCACGUUGUUGUUCUGCUCCACACGUGAUUCUACGGCCUGAGCGAGAGAGAGAUGCGCUGCUGCGCCCCAUCACUGGGCCAUUUCACAUUUGACUUUUGCAGAUGGAAAAAGUAGUUCCCUACAAUUGGGUAGAAUUUAGAGAAGAUCUUGAUAUUACAGUUACUUUGUACUGUAUUCCAGUUCAUGAUAGACUGCAUCUUUACCCAAAAUCAAUUAAAUAUUGAUAUUCUAACAUAAAAAAGCAAUUCUAGAACUUGAAAAGCUGGUAUCGGUAGUAUUGAUAUUUUGGUAUGAUCGGCACAUCAUUAGUAAUAGGUUAAUAUUCAUUUGGGGGCCCAAAUACAGCAGGGCCUUUUGCAUUGUAAAUGCUAUUUGAAACCAUUAAAUAAAAUAAGUUAGAUAAUCCCUCAAAAAUGGUUGCCACCUGGUAAUUCCUAGAUGGCUUUUUACAUAUGCAAGAUGCCAUUUCUAAAGAUGUGCACAACAGACUUUACAAACAUGCAGGAAAGGCAAGGUAGCCAUCAUAAACUAACAUAUAAAAAGCAAGUAUAUUCACAGCCAUGUUCAGCCCUAUAAAAAUAUACUUCAUUUUUUAAAGCUGGUCAAUAAAAAGGGCAAAAGAAUGUGUAUUGUCAAUGGAAAUCACAACAGAACCACUCCAUGACCACCAGCACCUUUUGAAGUGUCUGAUCCCAUGCAAAUGUGUCUUUGAAAAUUGUGUGAAGUGUUGAAUUGUUAUUGCUUUAAACCACAAGACUUACAAAUCAUAUCCAUUAUCCUUUGUUUUGAAAUAAAACUUUAGGAAAAAAUCAA